CUAAGACUGGCUAAAAGCGGUAUAAAAAGCCAACUCUGCAAAGUUGAGCCACAUUUAACCGCAAACAUGUCUGAAUUUUCGAAUUUCGAACCAAUGUUCCAAGAAACGUAUAAGUUCAUACUGGAUCGUAUAAAGUCGAAUCAGAUUUAUAUAAUGGAUGAAGGAUCGUGGCGGGGCCGUUUGUGUUGGAUUAAGUUGGCAGUGAACAUCCUGGCGGCAAUCAGCCACACGGCUGGCGUGUUCGAGAGGAUCGGUCAGGGAGCAGACUUAGUGCAGCUGUCCACGGAUUUGUCAGCUGCGCUUAUCCUUUGGCAAGCAUGCCUCUUGUACAUACAAUUCUGUCUAAACCGAAAGUUGCUUAAGUACUUCAUUGUACACAUGGGAUCGAAUUGGCGGAUCGACGACCAGCUGCGCCCGGACAUGGUGGCAGUUAAACAUGAGUACGUUACCACAUUCCUCAGGUGGAUUUCGGUUUUCUACAAAGCGGUAAAUACGUACUUGUUUUUGUACCUAAUGCCGCGUUUAGCGUAUACAGCUGUAAAACAUUUCAUCUUAAAAGAUAGUGUGGCUUUCGUGACGCCAUUUUAUGUGAAGAUGCCAUUCAAAUUCGAUGACAACUUCUUACUGUACAGCCUCGUGUAUUUGGCCGAUUCUAAAAUCUUACAGGACGUAGGCUACCUAGUGACUUUCGACCUGCUAUUCAUGAACGCCGCCCUGCACCACCUCCGCUUGAUGUUCGUGAUGCUGCAAGACGACCUGAAACACGUGCAAGAAGAAAGCGUUGAACAAGCGGAGAACACUUUGAGAAAAAUCAUCCCGCUUCACCAAGAUUUACUGAAGUUGAUGUUUGAGCUCAGCAAUGCGUUUGGUGCUAUAUUCAUAAUUCACUUAGCUUUCUUUUCUGCAACCAUGUGUUUCUUUGGUUUUGCUGCUCGAAUACAUUGCAGCCCUGAAAGCAUCAAAAACUUGUUGGCGGCAAAUAUCAUUUUGGUUUGCAUUUAUACAUGCUGUUAUUAUGGGCAAAAUCUCACUGAUGCGAGUGUCGACAUCUCUCAAGCGGCCUAUGAAAGUCAAUGGCAUCUCAAGUCACAAGAAUACAAAAAAUGCAUUCUUAUCAUCAUGCUGAGGUCGCAGAAGACUCAGUACAUCAAAUCUACGAGUUUCACCGACGUAUCGUUGGAAACUUUCACCAAGAUACUGAACGUGACUUGGUCGUUCCUGUCGCUCAUCACUGAAGUAUAUGAAGCAUAAACAUCUAAAGGUGUCAGUCCAUUUCCAACGACAGCUGCAUUACUGUUCAUUUUACUAUGGAAAUUGACAAUGACAGCGACGCGUUCAGUACCGGUAGUGCAGCUGCGGUUAGAAAUGGAAUGUUACCAUAAAGGAAAACUACAGAUACAAUACUCAUAUCGUCACUUUUAGCCUGCCUGCCUUAGCAGUGUCAAACAGACAUUCGCUAACGUCUGCGUAACUUACUUUCUAUACAUUUCGCUCGCACUAAUGGAUCCUCUACACGAUGGGCCAACGCCGGCCACUCAAAGGGACGCAGCCAUGCAGUAGAAUAAGAUAGCAAUAUCACUUGUUCCCUGCAUAAAUGCGUGUAGAGGAGCCAUAAUAUGCGAGUACGAGCGAGAUGCAUAGAAAGUAAAAGUGACGCACACGCAGUGAAUAUGGCAGUGUCAAACUGGUGGUAGCCGUACUUCGGUGGUAGGUGAACACUUGUAUUUUUGUACCGAUAGGUAUGUUACUGACCGUCGUCAUUUGAACACAAGUUGAAGUUUUAGACAAUGUGUUAUAGUCUCGUUAGAAAACACAAUAAGCAUUAAAUAAUAGCACAAUAAAAGAUUUUCCUUGAUAUGUAAACUUUUCCUGUUUAAGGAAUUAAAAUUAAUCAUAUUAUCAUUUUCUAUUGUUAUCAGGACUCAUAUGUAAGUCCCGAGAAACUACGUACGUGCUAGUACAUUGUAUUGUAUGUAUGCUAGUAUAUCAAGAUACAAGUGAAAUGCAACUGGUCGCAUGAAGGAAUUUGCAGUUCAUUACAUGUCUGAUUUGUAAAUUUCCAUAUCAGGAUAAUGACCGGGACAAGGUGAUCCUUGAGAGUAAUUUGCAAAGGAACUUGGACUAUUUUCUCUUUCUGCCCUACUUAACGUUAAUUCGUAUACGGCCCAGGAUUAAACCAACGAUUUCGGCUUUCAAAAUCGCUCCUGCCACGGCUUAUAAGCUUACUCGCCAAGCUGUCACAAUAUAAAUCCGAAUACUGCCUGAAUUUAUGCACCGUUUUUAACCCCGAAAACAUGAAAAUGUUGCACAAAAAGAUCGUGGAGACUAUGCGAAAGCGUAAUCGUAUUAAAGGAUUACUCACUCCAUAAGAUAUGCUGUGCAAUUUACCGGGUUCCACGCACAGAAAAACUUGUUUCAUAAGAACAAUUUUUUGUGAUUGCCAUGCCUAACCCUACCAACUAAGAGGAAAAACUAGGCCUCAUUAGGAUUGCACGAGCCAGGGUUGAUACCUACGACUUCUGGUUUUCCAAAUAAAUGUCUAGUCUUAAUCUCGUAAUGCCCACGUUCUUGAUAUCUGAACACGCCUCCAUUGUUAAGGCGUUAAGAGUGCGUGAUCAGAUAUUCUUGAGCACCUUGGCCGCUUUGAUAUAUCUGAUGGCGACUGCACAAGUGUACACGAAUAAUAGUAUGGUACAUACUACACCUAUCCAUGCCAACUCGUGUUGACUACAUCGAUCUCUGUUCUAACAACUUCAUCGUAGUGGCAGCUAAAUUUGCCUGUUAGCAACAUUUAAAUUGACAUUUCCAAGUUGGGAAGUUAGGUUGACAUGGGUUGACACGUUUCCGCCGCCCGGUUUCGGCCACUCUUCGCUGCAAGUCUACACACAAUGCCAAUUAAUACGUGAUUAUCAUGACGUAAUACAUUGUGAUAAAAUGACGUGACUUUGAGAAAUUAAUUUAACGUUCUUAGUUGGAUUUUACCAGCUUUUUCUCUUCUACUUGACGUAAAUAAUACGGAGGGUGUAUGGUAGAUGGCAAAUAGGUUUUAAAUAAUGUUUUCUAUAUAUAUAUAUAUUGAUUGUACAAAUUUCGAAUUUUGGUUAUUUUUUUUUUCAUUCGUUUAAACAUCAUCACCAUUUUCAUCCUUCCUCCCGCAAUGAAAACCCGUUCCACGUCAGGAGAUUUGCCCCUAUUUCUCAACCUUAUAUGGAUCAACAUUAUUCUAAGUUUUGUCUAACACAUAUGUAUGCUUUAUUAAACCCAAAUAAAUAAUUUCUCAAGACAAAAAAACUAGGUACGUACCAAAAGUGUGAACAGUCAAAAACUUAAAUAUUGCUCAAUAAACAUUUCAGUCGUACAGAACUCUAAAAUAAACAUUGGGCGGAAUAUCAUUUUCAAUAAAAUACGUGUUCAUUAGCAUGGAACUUAUCGAGAGGCAGGUCGAGCUUCGUUACGAAAUGGAAAAAAAUACAUUCAUCUCCGAUUACGUAAACUUUUAAUUGAUAGGGGAAAGGAAUUUCCUCUCGUAUUUUAUGACAGUUGUACCUACUUCACCCAUAGACUUUUGCGAGCUGUUUUUUACCCAACAGUGGCAAAAAGCAUACAGCUCGCUUGAUAGUCAGUGGUACUCUAACUUAAGAAAAAUUUUAUGGACGCAAGUUGCAGGACCUUUAAAACUUAUGGAUAUCUACACUCCACUUUUUUGUAAGAGCUCCAUACUGUAGGUCCUGGAGAAAAUCCUGCGGCUUCAUCCUGCAAUUUACAGUGGGAACAAAUACCUAUUUUUAAACAUAAUUCAAUAAGCAUACUGAACUAUUUAGUAUUGUAUGACUUAAAAUUUUAUGGCAUAGGUACCUACUUACUUUCUUAUACAUAGGUGGUACGAUAGACAACCCGUCUCAGUGUCUAUGUUUGUAUAUAUUACUCAUAUUUGGCUGACUACUCGCUUCGUUUUUAUGAUCGUUAAGCAAAGAAAACUUUUAGUAUUUUUAUUAUUUGCAGUCCAUAGGUUCACAUUUAAGAUAGUAAAUAGAAAGAAACUGCAAAGUCUCAUAACAGUGUCGGCCAUAAACCGGGUAUGCAAAUAAACAUUAAGUUUUAAACUGCGCCUGACAACAGCUUAAAAGGAAGUUUUCGCAUUAUUUUUGCGCAGGAUACGGAAACCUGAGCGUUUUCCCAUAGCGGUUACGAAAAACUGUUAUAUUUUGAAGUAACGGAGAAACUGUUUUAAUACAUGUUUCUAAACGGAAGGAUAGAAUGGUGCGCGAAAGUAUUUGUAUCGAUAUUAUGAUUUUUAUAAAAACAAAAAAAAACAACGGGUUGCACUCCGGGAGUGCCGACAGAAGUGAAAACUCAAUGCCUAGUCCAAAAUGUCUGCAGCACUAUGUAUAAUUGACCCAUCCUCCUUUCUAUUGAAAAACUUUAGUUCCGAAAUUGCUGGCUAGUGAGCUUAAAUUUGUAGCGUUCAUUGUUUAAAAUUCGAAUAGAAAUUGUAAAGUUACCUUGCAGACCUCGCAUCUCAAUAUAUUUGGUCAUGAUAUUUUGAGUUUUAUUCACCAGUACUAGAGUUCACUUUUAUUAGCGAUUUCAAGAUGUAGCUUUAUUGAAUUAUAUUUGAGUGAUAUAAAGUUAGAAUAUAACUGUGCGAUCCUCGUAUUUCAGCCCGUACAAGAUUAGAACAUUGAGCUUUAUUGCUUAAUAUAAAAGUCCAGUUUUAAAUAAUUGACCUGAUUAUGAUACGUUAUGACUAAAGUUUUUUGGUGAAUAACAUUGUCCGUGACACAUGACGUCAGCGUUACGUUACGCGUUACGCUGAAUCGAGUUUAUCAUUUAUCCCCACCUCAAAAAUUGCUCAGCGCCGCUAAGGAAGUUUUCACUUCAAAAAUCGUAAUAUCUAUACAAAUACUUUCGCGUAUGUACCAUUCUUUAAAUGUCUAUCUACACACACACAGUAGUAACACACACACACGCACACACACAGUAGAAAAACUCUUGCAACGCAAUACAAAACUAUUUUCAACGUUUCUCCCCGUUUCAGUUGCAGUAGCCUCAACGCGAUUUGAAAAUCGAAGUUAUUUUUGAAGUUUUCCCGAGUCAAAAGGCCGAACAUUUUUUCGCAAAUCAAAACUGUUGUUACGUUCCAAGCAAACUUGAAACGGCUCAAUUCUAAUAAAUACGAACCAAGUCCAGAGCGUAAUAGCCAGGCACACCAACUCUUACUAAACAAAAUAAGGUAUACAUUUUUUAAAUAAUUUAUAUGUCGGGUACAAUGCCAUUAAAAAGGUUAUUAUAAAUAACGAGGUUCUUUAUGUCUUUGAAAGUAGGUCACAAGGGCACGCGGAAACAAUAAAAUUUGAUUUGGUUUAUUGUUUAAAACAUGUAACUUAGCUAAGAUUGAUAUCACGUUAUAUCUUGUUCAUAAAUAAAAUAAAACAAC